AAGAAGCCUACGGUUGUUCUGUUCUUUUCUAUCUCCUAAGCUCACCAAAUUUUCAGCUUCGCCUUCAACUUUUUUUUUUGUUUUUCUCGAAUCUGAUGGAGUCUCUUCACCAAACCAAUUAGGAACCCUAGCUUUAUUAAUUGAAGAAAAAAAAAUAAUUAAAUUGGAAAAUUCAUGCCAUCGAAUCUGGAUGAAAUCUAGAUGUGUCUGAUUCCGAAAUCUGAGAUCGAAGAGAGAGAUGAUAGGGGCGAUUCAUUUCGGAGUAUUAGCUGCUUGCUUCGUCCUCUUCGUUCCCAUGGCUAUGGCUGGUUGGCAUCUGAGCAGGAACAAGAUGCUCUUCUUUAGUUGCGCUCUGUUCAUUUCCCUCGCGGUUUGUGUUCACCUGACUCCGUAUUUCCCUUCCGUCUCCGACAUCGUAGCCUCCGUCUCGUCUGUUGUUGUCUACGAUCACCGUGUCUCCUGUAUUAACGAGGUGAAUCAGAUUGUCUGGGAUGUUAAGCCGAGACCAAAUCCAGAGUCUGUUCGUAGGAAUAACGGCUCGAAGCUUGAUUAUUUCGACAAGAAUUGGGAUUGGAUGAAAUCUAGGAAAGUUUUGAGUUGUGAGUUUCAGAAAUUGGAUAAAUUCGAUGUCUCGGAGUUGUUGAAUGGAUCAUGGGUUGUUGUUGCUGGUGAUUCUCAGGCGAGAUUCGUGGCUUUGUCGUUGAUGAAUCUUAUGUUGGGUCCGGAUUCAGAAGCUAUGGACUCGGUUAAAAGUGAUCUCUUUAGGAGACAUAGUGAUUACAGCAUCGUGGUUAAGGAGAUUGGGAUGAAACUGGAGUUUGUGUGGGCUCCUUAUGAGAAAGAUUUAGACGAUCUUGUGCUAUCGUAUAAGAAGAAGAACAAGUAUCCAGAUGUUGUGAUAAUGGGAAGUGGGUUAUGGCAUAUGCUUCAUGUGAACAAUGCUUCUGAUUUCGGCUAUCGGUUGAAGCAAUUGAGCAGUCAUGUGGAGUCUCUAAUGCCCUUUUCGCCAAAGGAGCAAGAAGGAAGAGGAUCGGUUUCGGGAAGUAGAUCAAUGCAUCUGUUCUGGAUCGGGAUGCCGGUUCUGAUAAACGGGAUGCUGAAUACGGAAGAGAAGAAGGUGAAGAUGAGUGAUACGGUGUGGCAUGAGUAUGAUAGAUCACUUGGGGAGAGUAAGAUCUUGCGGCAAAUGGGUGGUCCGCUUAUCUUGCUUGAUAUUCAGUCCUUUACUUGGAACUGUGGACCGCAAUGUACAAUCGAUGGAAUGCAUUAUGACUCUGCGGUCUAUGAUGCCGCUGUUCAUGUCAUGCUCAACGCAUUGCUUAUCGAAUCUCAUCAAACUUUAUGACUUCUUGAGGCAGGUUUUUUUUUUUUUUUCUUUCGUUUUUCUUGUUUGGAGUUUUUCUUGUAGAGUUUUAAGGACAAGUGGGAUGUGCAUAGGAUUUUUUACAACACACGGUGAUCCUUUUUGGUCUAAAUGAUCUUUCACAUUGGAAGUAACUGAACUUACAUUCUUGGCUAUAUAGGUUUAAUAUCUUUUGACAUUGAAGUUAUAACUUUUGGGGAGUUAUCUGAUUAUUGUUAUAUCACAAUACACUUUUGCUUUCCCCUCAUGGUUUACCUCUGGCUUCUAUUACAAAAACUGGAACACGGUGGGAUGGUCAAAAACCCGUAAGACGCAAUGCUCAUCAUUAGCCUUUAAGCAUUCGAAGGGAAGCUUUCCAUCCUUAGUAA